UAUAUAUAUAUAUUACAUAGAAUAUAUUAAAAUCAUGAGGAAACCUUCAAAGACGCCAACAAAAGGAAAAGCUGCAGUGAAAGUUACUCAUCCAUCAAACACCAAUUUAAAGUCGUCAUCUAAAGCUGAUGUUGCAAAAGGCAAAAAGAAAAAAGAAGAUGACGAUACUACUCAACCCGGUAUAGAUGAGCUGGAUGACUGGAUGCAGCCAAAACAGUUAGUCAAACCAGAAGACCAGCUUCAAUUAACAGAGGAGGAAUUAAAAGAAGAAUUUACAAGAAUACUCACUGCUAAUAAUCCACAUGCACCCAGCAACAUUGUUCGCUUCAACUUCAAGGAGGGGCAGUUUAAACAAAUUCCUACAGUUGAUCAACUGGCAAUACAUUUCUCCUUAGAAGGUAAUCUUCUUCAUAAAGAAUCUGACGAGGCGCGCAGACAACUUGCUAGCACAGAGGAAGAAGAAGAAAAAGAUGAUGAGGAAGAGGAUGAUGAUGAAGAAAAUGAUGAGGAGCGACCUUCAACAAAAAAGUCUGAAAGAGAUGAUACCACUCCUUCUCCAGGUCUGAAAGCUCCAGCUCAAAAGUUAACUAAUCAAUUUAACUUUUGUGAACGAGCAUCGCAGAGCUAUAACAACCCACACAGGGAAAGAGGUACAAUGACCGAACCACCACCCAGAGUUAGUUUUUCAGCCACAGCCAAUCAAUGGGAAAUUUAUGAUGCUUAUGUGGAAGACUUGCAAAGACAGGAAAGAGAGAAAGAAAAGGAAACUAAAAAGUCAUCUAAAAAAGAUGAAGACAAGAAGAAAAAGAAUAAUGCUGUUGAAAUUCUGAGUGAUGACAUAAAUCGCGUCGGGAGAGCAUCAAAGAUUGUUGAGCGCAUGGUGAAUCAAAAUACAUUUGAUGCGAUCGCAUAUGACUUUAAAUAUUGGGAAGAUGCAUCUGAUGAGUUCAGAGACAAUGAAGGAACUGUCUUGCCAUUAUGGAAAUUUUCAUAUGAGCGUUCCAAACGGAUGACAGUUACGGCUUUAAGUUGGUCUCCGCAAUAUCAAGAUUUAUUUGCAGUAGGCCAUGGAUCUUAUGAUUUUUUAAAACAGUCUAGUGGAAUGAUAUGCUUCUACUCCUUGAAAAAUCCUUCUUUUCCAGAACACGUGUAUACGACAGAGAGAGGCGUGAUGUGUUUAGACAUUCACCCAGAACAUGCUUAUCUUAUUGUGGUUGGGUUUUAUGAUGGUUGUGUCAAAGUGUAUAACUUGGAAGACAAGUCGACAAAACCAAUACACAUCUCUACCGCUUUAUGUGGAAAACAUACUGACCCUGUGUGGGAGGUGCGAUGGCAACCAGACAAUCUUGAUGGCAAUUUGAAUUUUUAUUCUGUUUCGUCAGACGGAAGAGUUGUGUUAUGGACGAUUAUAAAGAGCGAGCUUCAUUAUACCGAUGUUAUUCAACUACGUAUCACCGACAUCCAACCUGAUGGGCCAGAGGGUACACAACUGUCUGCGUUGGCGUGUGGAACAGCCAUAGAUUUCCAUAAAACCAUCGACUAUCUGUUUAUUGUUGGUACAGAAGAAGGAAAAAUCCAAAAAUGUUCAAAGGCGUAUUCGAGCAAAUAUUUGUGUUCUUAUGAUGCACAUCACAUGGCUGUCUAUGCUGUGCGAUGGAACCAUUUCCAUUCGAAAAUAUUUAUAUCAUGCAGUGCUGAUUGGACUGUCAAGAUAUGGGACCAUACAUGUCCAGAUGCUAUUUUCACGUUUGAUUUGGGAAGUGCUGUUAGUGAUGUGGCGUGGGCGCCAUUUUCAUCUACUGUAUUUGCAGCCGUUACAACUGAAGGGAAGAUUGUGGUAUAUGAUUUGAACGUAAACAAAUACGAACCGAUAUGUGAUCAAAUGAUUGUACAGAAAGGCAAGACAAAACUCACACACAUUUCUUUCAACCCGGUGCAUCCCAUCGCCAUUUUAGGUGACGACAGAGGCUACGUCACAUCAGUGAAAUUGUCGCCAAAUCUAAGAAAAGCUUUACAUCCGAAAGAACGAGCGAAAGGUCCGGAGAACGAGAUAGCGAAAUUUGACAAGCUACUGAGUUUGGUACGUGAACCUACAGAGACAGAAAACUAAGAUUUUAUUUUUUUCACCAUAUCUUAACUUCGUCGAAUUUUUACUUGCAAAUUUGCUUGGACAUCUGUGUCGUCAUAUUUUCGGUUCUCUGCAAUUAAUCAAAUAAGCUAUACGUCUACAUUUGAAAUCCUUUUCAGCACGACUUCAAAUUCGAUGUGUGUGAUCUAUUUUGUUUUAAACCUAUAUCAUAUUUAAUAAUGUUGUAUAUAAAAUGGAAGACAGUUAAUAUAUUCUUAUACUUAUUUUUA